AUGGCGUCUGCCGACUGUUUGGACGCCUGGGACGACUGUUUUAACUUCUUUAAAGGAAAAAGCCCAUACCACACGACAAGACACACGAAGCUGUCACACUUUUCGCGAAACCAGCGCGUCGGAUGGAAGCUCAUGGGCGCACUCGGAAUGGUGGUGACACUACCGCACUCGGGCAUUUCAUUGCCCGGUCUGCAUGUGUUCGGUGCCGUGAUACAGCUCGUUAUCGUAAGCGUGGACUUCUACUUCACAGCGCCGCUGUUCAAAGCCAACCACGUAUUUCUGGUGCUCAUGUGGCCAGUCUUCUGGGUCUUCAUCCAGUAUUUGUGGGUUGUCAGCGGACACCAACCAAGCAAUGAUCUGUUUAACUUCCACUCGACUGCGUCGCCUGUGGCCACCCUCAUGCUGUUCCUAGGCACCGCUGCUGUGUUUUACUUCCUACUCUGGUACUCUCGCCACCUACAGCGCGUCUCGGACAAGUCUGCCGAGACUGCGGCCGACACGAGAGGCAUGGACUCGGACGAGAGUUCAGGUAUCCUGACCCCUACGGGGUGCGAGAACGCCAGCGCUGCCCCAUUUGAGCUGGUCAUCGACAGCUCAACAAACAAUCACUCGCUCUUCGACUCCAAAUCGUUCAGAGAUUCCGCCACGGAUCUCCAGAAACCGCAACCCAGAUAAAAGUCUUGAUGUAUCCAUUCGUAAGUAGAGAGCCGUAUUAUCGACAUGCAUUCCUUGUUGCCUUG